AUGGCGGCGCCUACAAUCGACAACAUUGUCGAAGAACUAUUACCGGAUUUUGGCGUGAACGCUCUGAAACAGAAGGACAUAAUUAGCAAUAUUACAAAGAAUAAAGAUUGCAUAGCUGUCUUGCCAACUGGGUUUGGAAAGUCGUUGCCAUUCCAGGUUUACGCUGCAGCUCAGAAACGAACUAGUCGUGAGGCUGGACAUGUACUCGUAUGUUCGCCAUUGAUAGGCCUGAUGAAGGACCAGACCAAAAAGCUGUCUCAUAUCAGUUACUUAAGCGUUGGCUACAAAGUAUGCGAUACCAUGCCAUUUCCCAAUUCUGUGUUUGGAACUUUCAUUAUUGAGUGUACGUGUCUUAGACUAGAAGAAGAUGAUGGCAGACUGAAUUGA